AUGUUUAUACCAUUCGGAUUUUUGAUCAUAUUCAUCUACAAAUAUUUCUAAAUUAUCAAAAUCCAUGUCUUAUUGGAUUUAUUCGGCUUCGUAAAUUUCAUUUUCAUCAAAAUAUAAAGAAAUCAUGAAGAAGUUGAAAAAACCAAGACUUUAUCAGAACUUAAUCGUUAAGAGUACAUAAAACUCUUAUGUUUACAUUUUGCUGGAAAUCUACCUAAUCCAAAUAUAUUAAAUGGUAUAGGAUUAUCUAACACAAUGUUAAAUAUAACCGGUGUAGUUUUUUUGCUUGGCUUAAAUUAAGGUUUUGGUUCAUUAUCAGCUCGUGCUUUUAGUGCUGGGAAAUAUGAUUUAAUGUAUAAUUAUUUAUCUAAGAAAAAGAAUAUUAAUAACACUUCAUUAGGAUUCUGA